AUGACGUUGUCUGAAAGUUGUCUACUAGUAAUAGAGGAAUGUUUAAUUUUUUGGAGAAAAGCACGGAUUCCAACAAAAGAUAAAUCACACUGUGUAAAAAAGUUGAAAAAGGAAUAUGACGCUUGGAGGGCACUGGAAAAAAGUAAAAACCAUGGAAGCGAACAUCAAAAAAAUAAAGAAAAAAAUUAUAUAGAAAGUCUAAAUAAUCUUUUCGAUAUUGCUCAUCAAGAUGCACUAAAUAUAAUAAGUAUUGCAGAAGAUAGAAAAUUUUUGCUCUCACAGAGACUCCCCGGACGCCCCGGUUGUAUGCUUGGUGUAGAUAUGUUGAAACACUGUCAGAUAGGUCUUACUGACCUAAGUUCGGAGGAGUUGAACAAUGAAAACCUGAUUUUAGAAGAACCUCAACCAGGUCCUUCUGGUACAAAUAGAGGCACAAUUCAGUUAAUUACACCUAGAUUAUCAGCUGCAUUAGACAAAUGCAAAAUUAGCGACCGUGAUGCCGUUCAUAUACUAUCUGCGUGCCUUGAUAGUUUAUCCAUCGAUCAAAAUAAUUACAUUUUAAAUAGAACAUCCAUUAAAAAUAUUCGGCAACAUUUUCGGAAGGAAAGCGCAGAUAAGGUAAAGUCUGAUUUUUUAAACAAAAAAGUUAAUUUUGUGGUAGUUCACUGGGAUGGUAAAUUACUACCCGAUUUGACUGGUCAAGACAAAGUAGAUCGUCUACCAGUAAUUAUAACUAGCCCUGAUUUAGAGCAGUUACUUGGUGUCCCUCAAAUACCAUCUGGAACAGGGCUAGAAAUAUCAUCUGCAGUAUAUGAUAACCUUGCAAAGUGGUCUUUAUUGGACAAAGUUCAAGCAUUUGUAUUCGAUACAACAGCAUCGAAUACUGGGCGUAUAAACGGGGCUUGUACACUUUUAGAACAAAAGUUAGAUAGGGAUAUUUUAUAUCUUGCAUGCCGCCACCAUGUUUACGAGUUGCUUCUCCAAACUGCAAUUGCUGAAACGAAACUUCAUGUAUCAUCAGGCCCAGAUAUUGCCCUAUUUAAAAGAUUUAAAAGUACUUGGAAUAAUAUUAAUACUAAGAAUAUUAGCAUUUGGAAUACAAAUAAAAAUUUGGAAAAUAUUGUAUCUCCUAAACGCGAAAACAUUUUAUUAUUUUGUCAGGAGGCGAUUUUGAAAAAACAUCCUAGAAAUGACUAUAAAGAGUUUUUAGAGCUUGUAAUUAUAAUUCUAGGAGGAUCACCACCAGGAGGUAUUAUUAUUAGGCAACCUGGGGCUUAUCAUCAAGCAAGAUGGAUGGCUAAAGGCAUUUAUUGUUUGAAAAUUUUUUUACUUCAACAAGAAUUCAAAUUAUCCAAGUCGGAAGAGACUGCAAUAUGCAGAAUAUGUGCAUUUAUUAUAAAAAUUUAUAUAAGGCCGUGGUCUAUGGCUGACCAAUCAUGUGAAGCGCCACUAAACGAUAUGCACUUAAUAAGGACUCUAUAUGAAUAUAAAAAUGAUGAUAAAAUUAUUGCAGAUUCGUGUUUAAAAAAAUUUUUAAAUCAUUUGUGGUACUUUAAUCAAGAAUGUAUUGUUUUUUCAAUAUUUGAUAAUAGAGUUUCGUUAGAAACCCGAAAUAAAAUGGCAAAAAUUAUUUUAAAUAAUUUAUCUACUUACCCAUCAGAUCAAAGCGAUUUUGGUCCAAAAAAAUAUUUUUUAAAAAUAGAUAAUGUGGAGACGUUUCUGAAACAAGAGUUUUUUACAGAUAUGCUUGAACAAAGUUCGGGAUAUUUUUUUAUAAGAUUUAAUAUCGAUACAGAAUUUUUGAAAUUAGACUCCUCGAAUUGGGAAGGUGAUAAGUAUUACCAAGAAGCGAAAAAAAUAGUUAAAUCAAUCCGUGUUGUAAAUGACACUGCUGAAAGGGGUGUGAAAUUGAUGGAGGAGUUCAAUGAUAAACUAACGAAAAAUGAAGCACAAAAACAAUUUAUACUUCAAGUCGUUCAGAAAUAUCGAAAAGUUUUUCCAGAUCACAAAAAAAAAUCGAUGACAGCAACAUUCUAAUUUAAAUGUCAAUUAUGUAAAGAAAAACUAGUACUUUCAUUGACACCUUAGUAUGCUUAUUUAUAAAAUGCAUUUUUUUAAACUUAUAUUAUAGAGUAUAUUUUAUAAUCUUUUUAUGAUUUAUUUUGUAUAUAUUAUAAUCAGUUGUCCCUGUAAACGUAAAUACUUUUAUAAUUGUUUGAUGUACCGAACUAUUCAAAUAUUUUUUUGUUUUUGUCCUGGCGAGGAAAAAAAUCAACCUACGAGAAUUUGUAAAGAUACAAUUUAUAUAGAAAAUAUUAAGGUCUAUAAUUUUUAUUCUAUACAAUUUUUCGUUUUGAGCUUUUGUUGUUGAGAUAUUAGCCGAAAACUAAAAAACCACCCUAUUCAGUGGAUUUUCAACCUUCAUUCGGCACCCGAAGGGGGUAAGUAAAUCUUACGAAACUCAACAAAAAUCAUUAUUAUCUAAAAAUAAACAAAAUUAGGGGGUGCCGCUAUGUUUUGUUCAAUUUUUUUUUUUAGCCUUAGUAGAUAAAGACCAGCCUAAU